AUGGAUAUGACGGAGGAGAAGAGAUUCGAACCCAAGGACGCCAUGCCAUGGGUGGGCUUGUAUGUUGCCAUGGCAUCUUUGGUUUACACUCUUGCGAUGGCAGCCGAUGUCUUCCAAGGCUUUCGAAAAUUGAAACUGUGGUUUCCAAAUAGGUUUUUCACUCUGAAUACAGCUUCAAUCACACUUAUCGCAAUCGCAAUGAAGCUGCUAGUUGAUCUAAAUGUUGAUCUCGAGUCUAUUGAUGAUGGAGAUGUCGAUGCCAAGCUUACCAGCAUCUUUUUCUUGGUCACAAUGUUAGCGAAUUUUCUCCCUUCUUUAGGGCUUAUGGAUGACAGAGAACUUCUACUUAAUAUGGUAGCAUGGGGUAUCCUUAUAGGAAAUAUAUGGAUCCAAAUAAUUAUUGGAGGUCUAUUUCGUAAAAGAGUAUCAUUUCUUGUGAUGAUUCCUCUUCUAUGGGUGUUUUCGGUAGCAUUGACAGUUCCGCCUUCUAGAAGAACUCUAGAACUCAAGUACAAGGAGUUGCAGAGAUCGGAAUUCAAUCAGCAAGAGAUAAAUUUCUCCUACAAGGAUCUUAGGAACAAUGUGAAAAAGUAUUGGAUGAUGGCCGAAACAGGUAACCCACAAUUUGUGAUUGCAUGUUCGCAAGUGUCUUCUGCUUUUGGGGUUAUUUGCGUACUCCUUAUGCUCCUUGCUUUGCUUUUACUUUUUGUGAAAGUGGUAUUUUUUGAUAAAUCGUUAUAUGAUACAUCAGAUUAUAAGUGGUCAUUAAAAGUAAUUAUUAUCGUUGAUUUACUUGGGACUGUCGUUGGUAGCAUAGCGCCAAUUUUUAGAUGUUUGACGAGCUUCAGUUAUUUCAGCCUCUCCAUAAAAUGGAGCAUGAACCAUUUAAACGUGUUCAAAAUCGAGAAACAUUGGAUCCACAUGCUUCAGGAGUGGAAACACAGCCAUGUUAGUUCACAUAUCCCAGGACGUGGAUGCAAAAAAGUUUUCCUUUUUUUCAGAAACAUGCUUUUAAACUUCUGCAUAGCACUUCAAGUAAUAGUUGUGGUUAUGUGCAAAACAAUAUGUCUCAUUCCAACAAUUUUAUUGAUCACGUUGUCAUGUUGUUGGUAUAUCUGCAAGUCUGUGUUGAAAAUGUCCAAAAAGGAACCAAACGUAUCCGGCAUGGAUGGGAAAUCAGAGAUCGAAGAAUAUCGGAAGUAUGUUAUACAAAUUGAAGACGAUGCAAAACUUUCAGAAAGAGUAAUAAAAAAUACUUUCAACUCUAUAACUCAACUUCUACAUGUGUCUGAAAAGAAAAGACCGAGAAAUCUGAUGACGUUGCUACAGAAAUCUACAGGUUUCAUUGGAGUAGUAGAGUUUGACAGUGAGCAAGUACCAUCUUCAGAAAAAUUCCAGAAUUCCUGGAGCCUAGUAACACUGACACUGACAGCCAUCGUUAUAGCACUUCCUAACAUAGCCAAGGACCAUGUCAAGGGUUUACUUGAAGGCAUGAAAGAAGGUCUCCAAAUUGUAAGAGUUGUUGAGGAAAGCAUCAAUUCAAGUGAUGAAUUGGAGAAGGUGAUGAGAAGAACAUCUCGACGUGUGGGCACAGACAUUGAAGUAUACAGAAGGUGGCUAGGAGUCAAUCUUCGGAAGAAGGCACGUGAAGGAAAAACAUCAAAAGAAAUUCUUCAAUUGUUGCGUAAUAAAGCAGAGAAAACUGUGGAAGAGUUCGAGAGCCCCAAAAAUUUCAUUCUCGAUCCCUCAUUUCAUAAGUUCAUUGCUGCGAAAUCCAUGAGCAGAAUCACCCAAACUUUACUGCAUCGGUACAACAACCAAGAAAACUGGCCAACAGAUAACGAAGUUUUUGAGCAGGUAUCAACAAUAAUUGCAGAUAUCUUGUAUGCUUGCUUUACCAACUUACCACGUGUCAUAACCAUGAAGUGUCAUCACGAUGCAAUAGAGAAAAGGCAAGACAGUAUCCGCACGGCAGCUCAAGUUCUUGGUAAAUCGAAAGAGAUCUUAGAGAUCCUGGAAUCGCGCCAACUUCCUAACCUAGAUAUGGAUUCUAUGGCGUACCUAGAUAAGUGGCAUGCACUGCCUAAAAGUCAAAUGCCAAAGGGUUGUGCUUCUGCAAGUUCUAAUGAAUCACUCAGUGUAACUAUCAUGUAA